AUGGCUCCCCGUGGGCGCCGCGUUGAGUCCUCAGAACCCCAAGCUUUCCACCAGCUUGGAGUGCAAGGGCGAAAAACCGGUGUAUUCCUCCCCCCCACGGACAAGGUCGACAAGGACGGCUUCCAACCACUCGAGGACAUCUUCUCAUCGCCGCGGCGGGAGCCGUCCGAAUCGCCCAAUGGCGAUGACGCUAAUGACGAGGACGACGAGGGCGACGAGGAUGAGGAAGAUGGCGGCGAUGACACGGGGAGCGAGGAUAUGGAAAUCACAAACAGUGCUGGACCCGGGCCUCAAACGAUACUCAGAGCGCAGCGCAGGUAUCAGCCGUCCCCAUCCGAGACCCGAUCGCCAACUAAGAGAAGCGUUCCCGCGGGGCGUGCGCCCACAUAUCCCGGUCAAGAGUCUUCGCCGAACGGUGGCAGUAGGGAUGCGACAGUGACGCGCAACAUUGAUUUCCAAUCCAUCGCUAAGGGACGUGGGAGACUCAAUGGCAACCUAGGGGGCCGUCUGGAGGCAUCACGGGAAGAGGAAGAGGAAGACGAUGAUGAGGUAGAAGUGGCUCCCACUUACGACGAGUCAGCUGGUCCGCAGAAUGACGAUGACGAGGAAGAGGAGGAGGAAGAAGAGGUUCCGUCACCCCAACCAACAGCAGGGAAGAGAAAGCGCGGGAGGCCCAGGACUUCACUCCCUGAAUCCGAACCAGCAUCUGAAGACCGCAGGUCUAACACCCCCACCGCGGCACCACAGCAAUCUGUAAAGAAGAGCAGAGGAAGACCUGCAAAAGCGGCUAGCAAACCGGCAGGAGCCGUAUCACAGCCCUCGCAAAAGUCUCGGGGGAGACCGCCCCGAAAUUCCAACAGUAGUCAGGAAGCUGCAGAACCAGAGGAGGAAGAGGAGGAAGCACCUCGGCAAACCAAAAAGCAACGAGUGAAUGGAACUGCUAAGGCAGCACCUCCUGCCGAGGUAGCGCCAAAAGCAGCAGCACCAGCAGCAGCGAAGCCGAGGGGUAGGCCAGGCCGGAAACCGAAAGUCAGUGUUCCAGAUGGAGAUGCGGGAGAACAGUCAUUCAUGGCGCUGCAAAAGGGCCCUCCUCUACCCAAGCGCCGCGGCCUGGUCUCCGUCAAGCGUGAUCCAGACGCUAUAGUACAGACCAGAUCAGGCAGACACUCGUACCGGCCGCUUAACUACUGGGCUGGCGACCAGGUCAUCCAGGAGGUGGAGGAGCGCGACGACAUGUUCACGAACGACCGCGGGUUCGUGUCCAUGUCGAUGAAGGGGAUCGUGCGGAAUCCCGAGGACGAGCCCUCUGGCACGAGACGCGGGCCUCGCGGGAGAGGACGCCUAAAGGGGAAAUCCAGGCAGCUCAAGGCGGUCGACGAGGAGGAGGAGCCCGACAAGUGGGAAUCGGACCCGGGCCAGGUCUUUGGCGAGGUCAUGGGGUGGGAGCCCGAGUACGAGACCCAUCCGCCCGCCGACGACGACCAGGUUCCCGUCCAUGAGGACCUCAUUGCGGUGUCGGCCGAGGCGGUUCAGACCAAGGACAUCAAGGAUGCCACUUUCCGCUUCGCCAAGACUCUCACAAUGCCCUUCAUGGGCGCCGGCAUCGUCGAUCUACCCCCGGGAACGGAGAAGAGGCCGAAGAACUCGAGAAAAAUGCACAUGGUCUUCUUCGUCCAUUACGGCAAGGUCACCGUCACUGUCAACGAAUCCGAAUUCCGCAUAUCCGCUGGUGGUCAGUGGUUCGUUCAUAGAGGCAACUACUACAGCAUAACAAACGAGUCAAAAACAAACGCCCGCAUCUUCUUCUCCCAAGCCUGCGAGGUGCCCGCUCAAGCAUCUGGGGUAUCACCCGAUGACACCCAAAUGGGCUGA